AUGGCAUCCACAAUAGUUCUUGAAAAUCCUGCUUGUGAGCCAAUUAACAAUACCACUGUCACUGACAGCAAUACUUCUGCAUGUAAUAUAACAAUGGAUAUCAUAAGCACCAGUACCACAUUACCAGAACCAUCUUUUUACCCAAUGCACUAUCGAAUAAUAGGAACUACAUUUCAAGGCUUAAUCUUUCUUACUGGAGUUCUUGGUAACAUUAUGGUUGUCAUAGUGGUAACCAAGACCCGUAGCAUGCUGACAACUACCAACUGCUAUCUGGUUAACUUAUCCUUGGCUGAUCUCAUGGUUCUGGUAGCUUCCGUACCCAACGAGGUUCUAUCCUAUUACUUGCUGGGAGACGAAUGGAUCUGGGGCAGAGCUGGCUGUGUUAUCUUCAUCUUUCUCCAGUAUCUAGGCAUCAAUGCCUCGUCUCUAUCCAUCACAGCUUUCACAGUAGAACGCUACAUUGCCAUCUGCCAUCCCAUGAAGGCCCAGAUGGUCUGUACCGUUAACAGGGCCAAAAAGAUUAUCAUCGGAGUUUGGGUGGUCGCCUGCAUCUACUGCUCCCCCUGGCUUUUCCUCACCAAGACUGUACCUAUAUUCUACAAGGGUCACGAGAAUAUGGAAACGUGUACUUUUGCCCUCUCCAGAGAACACUACCUGGGUUAUUUCUUCGCCGAUCUCGUUCUCUUCUACAUCUUCCCGUUGCUGCUGUCCUGCGUGCUGUACGGACUGAUAGCAAGAAUCCUCUUCACCAGUGAAUUUCCUAGAAAAAUGGCCAAAGAAGGAAAUCCUCCAAGUGAUUCGGUGAAGAGCACCAACUCGAGUGCUAGAGUACAGGUGGUGAAAAUGCUUGCUGUCGUUGUGGCAGUCUUCGCAACGUUGUGGCUGCCCUACCGAGCUCUCGUUGUCUACAACUCUUUUGCGAAACACCGUUACAUGGAGCCCUGGUUCCUGAUGUUCUGCAAGACAAUGAUUUUCAUCAACAGUGCCAUCAAUCCAAUCCUGUACAAUGCCAUGUCUGUCAAGUUUCGGCGUGCCUUCAGACGGACUUUAUCUUGUCAGAAGAAGAAUUGUCGACGAGGACCAUACGGCAGUGUGGCGGGGUCUACCAGGUACCUCCCAAGUACCUUAACCACAGCUACAACAAGACUAGCCUCCUGUAGGGUAGAAAAAUUACAGCAGGUCUAA